AUGGCCCUAAAGGCUUCUGUAAUGUUUAUUGGUCGUUAUGGUUAUGAAUCUGGAGAAUCUUGUAUUACAUAUGCAUAUUUUAUGCAGAAAGAAGCGUUAAAUGGAUCUAGACGUUUGACGGGAAUAUUAGUGGCCGGGUCCAAAAUUAUACGGAUAUAUGUCCUGUUUGGCGGAAAAUCUUUUAUAACAUUUUCCAACGAACCAAAGUUUGAUGCAUUGGACAUGGACGUCAUAUGUAACACAAGCCUGAUGUCAUACAUACUGAUAGAGAAAGUAGGAGGUAACUUGCAGAAUGAUGUUAACUGCUCAAAAAAUUACAAAGAGUUCCAACUUGUCUAUACAAAUGCUAAUAGAACAUCCUUCUAUGCUGGAAUCUACUCAACAGUUAGUCCCAGGGAAAUUAAAGUACUUGUAGCUACAGUGAGCGGUGUUCCCAUGGAGAAUGCUGGUGAACUCGAAGUUGAUACGACUUCUGUCGAAGUUGUACCAAACUUUAUGAUAAACAGCAAACCUUACGUUCAUCCCGAUUGCAAGGCCAAAGAACCAACUUUAGAAUUAGACAAAUGUCCUACAGAUUCAGAUCCCCCAACCGUAUAUAUAACUCCCGGACACAGCAGUAUUUAUGUACAUAGACAUGAUGAUGUGACAUUAGAGUGUUCAUUUUUAUCGUUUGCUAACAUUGCCAGUUUCAAAUGGAUCAAGCAUGGACAAACAGGACAAACAAUUUUAGAUGAACUCACUAAUUUUUCCGGAGUUUCUCAUAGUGUACCGCUAGUUGUGUUUGAUUUUAUACCCGAAGACGUAGGUUUUUAUCAGUGUAAGGUUUCUAACGAGAAUGGCGAAAAUGAUGACAAGGUAUCCAUGCUCAUAAUUGAAGAAACCCCUGACCCUCAAAUACCAUUAAAAAAAUACCCGCUGAAUCUUGGUGGAGACGUACAUUUGGAGUGCAUGAUUGACGUAUAUCCAGAAGUAACGGAUGUUUGGUGGGCGAAAGACGACGGACUAAUAGAUAAAACAGAUAGUCGGUACAGCGGGUCUACUCCACAAGAACCAUCACUCAACAUAUCAACGACUACAACAGACGAUAUUGGAUAUUACAGAUGCUGUGCAAACAAUUCCAUAGGUUUCAGCUGUAGUAAAAGCAUAGUUUUUGGAUAUAUGCCUAUCAUUACUAAUUAUACACAUUAUGCUGAAGGAUUCCUGGGAAAGCCAUUUAAUAUCACAUGUGAAGUGAAAUCCGCCCCUAGAAUCCUCGAUGUUAAACUUCAAUUAAAAGGGAAGAUUAUCGAAGCAAAUGUUUUCAACGUAUCCACUGGAAAUCACCAAGAAAAGUUUACAUUUACAAUAACUAACCCAACAUUACAGGAUAGUGGAAAUUAUACAUGCAACGCAACUAACGUGCACACAUCCAGCAUUAGUGAUGCAAUAACACUAGAAAUAUAUGGAGUCAUAUUUGACGAACACCCUGAUGAAAACGUUACAUUUGGAGAAGACAUUUCAAUCGACUGUGCCGUGAAUUCGCAUCCACCGAUAACACAAUUAACAACAAUAACUUGGUCAUUAAAUGGAAGCUGUAUUAAUAUUAAUAACACAACAAAAUAUCUCCAACCAACACCAACAGAAUUGACAAUCAAACAUGCUGGGUUUAGUGAUCAAGGAACGUACACAUGCGCAGUUGAAAACGAUUACGGAAACGAAACUAGUGGUGGACUUUGGCUUAAUGUUAUUGGAGACUUCCCGAGCGUGAACAGUAUUUUAAUUUACGACAACGUUUUACACUCGGCGAUUGUAAGCGUGAACGAGUCAUCAGUCUCAACACUUAUACUAACUUGUAGUUAUGAAUCCUUCCCACCUGCAACAGAUAUAAAAUGGGAAAAACAAAACGGUAUAUACAAGCCAUUGUCAGAAAGAGCAACUGGUGGCAAUUCGAUAGACCCAAACAUCACUUUUACAUCGAUAGAAAAAUCUGACGAAGGAAAUUAUACAUGCCUUGUCACAAAUGCUGUCGGUAAAGGUGCUGGAAACUCAGUAUAUAUACAGGUCAAUGAAUCUUUAGAUAUGUGCACAUGUCAAUGUUCUUUCAAAGAAAAAAUCAACUUUUGGAAAAAGAAAAAUUUUACUCGGGAAGAAAUGUUAGCCUAUAUGGAACCGUCCUUAAAAAAAGUUCUUGACGAAAUGAAAAUUGAAAAGGAUAAAUUGUCACAAUCAAUUCGUAAACGCACCAGUGCAAAAGAUGGCCGGAAAUCGUCCACGCAGAUUGGAAUAGCGGGUGUAGUUUUCAUUGGUGCUACGUUCGGAUUGAUAAUUGUUAUCGAUUGUAUUUCCAUAAAACGAUAUGUGCAAAACGUAAGAGAAGCGUUUAAUAUAACAUAGUAAUCGGGUUCUUAUUUUUCGAAAAACUGUAUAAUUUCUAAUCCCAGGCAUGGUUAUUACCAUAGCCGUAUAUGGCAACUGUUUUUAAUUUUUGUUUCUCAAUGCUCUUCAACUUUGUACUUGUUUUGGCUUUCAAACCUUUUAAUGUUAGUGUCACUGAUGAGGCUUAUGAAAACCUUAUGUAAACGAAACGCUCGUCUGGCGUAUAGAAUUAUUGGCCUGGUACCUUUGUUAACUAAUUAUACCUUGAAUCACUUAUAUUCAAAUCUUAUCGUUAGAAUACAUUUUUAUAUAAACUUAUUUGCAUAUGUGGGUAUUGGUAUCUGGAAUACUAAAAUUAGCUUGCAACCAAGUUUUUCACAUCAAGUAAUGUAUUUAUCAUUUUUUUUUAAAUUUAAUGAUUGAUUCCAGUAUUAAUACUGUGAAGGAAAAUGUCAAAUUUUGUUGACGUUGAUAGCUAGUUUGUUUUUUGGCUUUAUUCUAUAAAAAAAGCUUUGGCAAAAUUUACAAUAACAUCUUUUGUAUGCUAAGAUUUCUCUGAGUUGCAGAACCGAAUGUGGACCUCUUUUUUAUAUUUAAUUGUUGCCGUUUUGCAAAACAACCUUGACAUUGGUUAGACAGUCAUUAAAAUUGACAGAAAAAAAAUAUGUAAAUAGAAAUAUUUGUAUUCUUGCCCACGCUUUGAAAUACUAGUAAUACAGAUCUCUACUAUAAUUUUAUAGAUAUGCACACAUGAGUUCUACUAUGUGACCUAUAUAUGUCAAACUAAAUGUUUGCCGACCCAAUGUUUUUUAAACUCAAUUUCCAACAGAAUGAGCCUUCUUGACAUAGACAAAAAAAAUAU